AUGUCUGGCUACUUCAAAGUGCAAGAUCCAAGCACUUUUUCAUUCUUACAAUAUCUAACGUUCAAAUAUAGCAAAGAAGGAACACUAAAAGCAAACAAAAAGGAAGAAUGGGCUGAUUUUGUCGUCGGGUUAAAAUUGUUCUUGACAGAAAGCAAUGAUGAUUCUUUAAAAAUAUAUUGGGAGGAAGAGCUAAGAGAUGGAAAUGUCCAUCGUGAUUCGGAAGAUGUAUUACGUUUAUGGAGAGGAAUAAAAUCAGAAGCGGGUGGGAUUUUAUUUUUCAGUUUAUAUUCAAGUCUUCUAAGAGAUUUGAUUGAAAAUGAAAUUAGAGUUCCACAGCAGCAAAACUUGGGUUUGACAUCAUCUCGAUCGUCUCAAUCAUCUCGAUCUGUAUCUUAUCGGGAAAAAAUUCGAGAAAAUGAAAAAAAGGAGCAUGAGUUGCGAAACAAGGUUUUUGAAAAGUACAAUGAGUUGGCGGGAAUUUUGGAGGACAUAUGGAAGGUUAAGGUUCAAUAUAGUGAACAAUGUAUUGAAGUCAAUAUAGUGGAGAAAAUAUAUCAAAAUUUAAAUAGAGAAAAACUAGAUAAUUUGGCAUUCAAUAACCCUUUUCUGUCUUGUAUAAUUGAUCUUGACAAUAUACAUUCAGUUUUACGUGAAAUUUUCAAUGAUAGAGAAUUAAGAGCAAUGCAUAAAUGUGAAAAGGUGGAGAAAUGGAAAUACACAAGACCUGAAUUUGAAGCAUGGGUUGAAGACCUGGUAAUAUCAAAUAAUGUGAAUUCUUUACAAGCAUCACCUCCAAUUGAUUUAACAGACAUAGAAAAGUUAGAAUAUAAAUAUAUUUUGAAAAUGUUUCAACAUUUAAAAGUACUUUGGAAUCAAAGAAGAUAUGGAGAAAUGUCUAAAGGCGGGAAAGAUAUAUUAGAAGACACAUACGUUCACGAAGUAGUGCAUGAAAUUAUGUAUGAAACUGUUCAAGGACUCAGUGAUCAAAUACAACUUGACUGGUCUACAAAAACGGCUGAAGAUGGAAACAAUAAUGUUAAUUGUGAUUAUGAUAGUUGGUGUUUGCAGCUAUCUGGAGCGAAAAGGCAGAACUACAUCAACUUGUUCAAAUCUACUAAGAAACCAGAUUGGAUGGCAUCCUACUUAUUUGAAGAUGAUAGAUAUGAAUUCAUUUAUGGAGAAGCAGCAGGCCCCCCUUAUUCACCAUCAAUCAUGAGAACUGAAGAAAAUAGAAGAAAAUUGAUUAGGUUUCUACGUCGUUCCAAAAAAUCGUUCAAGAAAAAGAUACAAAUGAAUUUUAUGUCAAUAUUCGAUGAAGAAGUUGAAAACCUGUUAGAAAACAUUUCAAGAUUUGGAAUGUUAACAUCCGGUACAUCGUUGAAGAUAAUAUCUUAUGAUACCCCUCAAUUUGGAAUCGGACAAAUACUGCAAAUUAUAAAUGUAAAAGUACCACUAAAAUUUGGUUGUAAAGCCUAUGUUGUAAAAAAUUAUCUUUUAGGAUUAUUAAUUUUCCGAAGAGGAGUUUUAGAGUCUCUUAAAUGUUUAAGGAAUCUCGAGAAUUUAAUUGAAAGAAAAAUGAAUGUGUCUGCAAAUAUUCUAUAUAUACCACCAUUAGAACCAGAAGAUGAUAAACUCAAAAUAUGGAAAGAUUAUAGAAACAAAGCAGAAGACAGAAGAUUUGUUAAAUUUACUGUUCUUAAGUAA